GACAAAGCGGCAUGUAAUUAAUAAAUUGAAAUUUACAAACUGGGAGUCAAUACUUUUUUUUCCCCCUUUGAUAUUAUCUUUUUUCUUGAUCAAUUAUAGAAAGGGAAAAAGGAAAAAGUGAGAUGAAAUUAAAGAGGGAUGCCAAUAUGCCAUGUAGAGAUAAUUCAACACACCAGAAAAAGUAGUUUGGGAGAAAGAUAUUUGAGGGAAAAUUUGUGUUGUUUCUUUUAAGUGAAGCAAGAGAGAGAAAGAAGAGAAAAAAAGAAACCAGUAAAGCUGUAAGAGGUCACUUUCAAAAGGGGGGUGGUGGUGCCAUUUUGAAGGGAUCUAUCCCUUCCCACAAACAAAAUAAAAAUAAAAAAAUAAAUAAAAAUUAGGGUUCUAAGUAACAAGACCUAAUUAAGUAAAAACUGGAGAAACGGGAAAAGAAAAUGAAAAAGGAAAAGGGGGGAAAAUCUUGGAAACCACCCAAUGGUAUGGGACAGAGUGGAAUUGAGUGGGAAAUUUUGAAACAAGUAGCCAUGAAUGAAUGAAAUAAAAAUUACUAGUAGUAUUUUUAAUUUUUAAUUUUUUCUUGGUUGAGUUGGUAUUUGUGUUUGUGUAGGCUGUACAAAAACAGCAGCAGCAGCAGUGUUGAUAUCACAGAGAUCUUUAAUCUCCUUUCUGACCCAAACACUGCCACACUCAUCACUGCCAUCCAGCCCUCUUAUAGUAGAGAGAGAGAGAGAGAGCUGUAUAUUUUCCUCACUUUUCACCACAAGCAAGCUUAGAGUUUGUUGUGUUGACGGUGUUGCUGCAGAUUUUCUUGUAUAGUACAGAGGUUUGCAGUGGUAUACAACAUAGCUAUCAUCAAAAGCUGUGAUUUUUGAAGAUGGGUUAGGCUCCAAUUUUUGUUUGGCUCAAUGAAUUUGAUGGAAUUGUUCAAGAUUGAAUGGCAAAAAAGCUAAGGUUGAAAAAGGUGUGCAAUUCAAAAGCUGGAAGAGGGAAAUCACAAGGCUCUGAGUCUGGAUCCUCAGAGGAAUCAUCAUCUUCAUCUCUAUCAAAAUCAAAACCAAGAUCAAAAUCAAGAAAAUCAGAAUUAUGUAGCAGAGCAAUCCCCAAAUGUUCAAUUUCACCAGCUUUUCCACCAAAACCAGCUCCUCUACGGCGCCAAUCGACUAGAUUCCGAGAAUCCAGCGCCGCCGCCGCGUCCGCCGCAGGUGAAGAAGCGGGCGCCGCCGGAGGCAGGCGGCGAGCAUGCGAGAUUGCGGGAGAAGAUGGGGGAGAGCAGCCAGCAGCAGAGAAUAGGGGCGAGGGCCACCGUGGGGGAGGUGGUGGAGGUGCAAGGCGGCCACAUUGUCCGCGCCACCGGCCGGAAAGACCGCCACAGCAAAGUGUGCACCGCCAAGGGCCCCAGAGACCGGCGCGUCCGCCUCGCCGCCCACACCGCCAUCCAAUUCUACGACGUCCAAGACCGCCUCGGCUACGACCGCCCCAGCAAGGCCGUCGAUUGGCUCAUCAAGAAGGCCAAAUCCUCCAUUGACGAGCUCGACCACCUCCCCGCCUGGCACCCCACCGCCACCACCCCCUCCUCCGCCGCCCAAGACACUCCCGCCUCCUCCACUAAACCAAUGCCCGCCCAAAAUCCAAAUUCCCAAAUCUCCAGCUUCCUCCCUCCAUCUCUAGAUUCCGAUGUAAUCGCAGACACUAUCAAAUCCUUCUUUCCGGUGGCCGGCGAGGCCAGCUCCUCCGCUAUGCAGUUCCACAGCUUCACCUCCUCCGAUAUGAUUUCAAGAAGCAGCAGCCACACCCAGGAUUUACGUCUCUCGCUGCAGUCAUUGCAAGAUCCCAUCUUGCACGCCCAGGCGGCGGCGCCCCCGCGCCAGGUCCUGCUGAGCGGCACCCCAUUGGGGUUCGACGGCGGCUGGCUCGACCACCACCAGCAGGCCGCCGAGCUCAGCCGCCUGCAGAGGUUCGCCGACGCCCCAGCGGGAUACUUCUUCAACCCGCCGCCGCCGCCUCCGCCUCCGCCGCUGCUCCAGCAGCUGCUCGGCCACAACCAGAUGGUUUCACAGAGGGGACCCCUUCAGUCCAGUAACACACCUUCAGUUCGUGCUUGGAUCGACGCCCCCGCCGCCGAUCAUCAGCCUUUCUACCCUUCCUCAUUUUCCGGCAUUGGCUUCGCCUCCGGAUACGGCGGAUUCCCCGGCUUCCACAUUCCUGCACGAAUUCAAGGUGAUGAAGAGGAGCACGACGGCUACUCCGACAAGCCGUCAUCCGCUUCCUCCGAUUCCCGCCAUUGAGCUCCACUCGCCAAACAGACAUGAGAGUUUGAUUGAGUUUAUGCUCGUUGGCAGCGGCGGUGAGGCGAGCGAACAAUCAGCAGGUUUCUCGUCUCGUCUCUGGUUCGCUACUCUAUGUUUAGUUGCUUAAUGAGCCACUUGAGCUCACUACAUUAUCGUUUCACUUUGCUUGCUCUUUCCAUUGUGUUUGAUCCUAUGCUUAAAUGAGCAGACACUAUCAGCUCCACCUUGUUUCA